GGCCGUGGCGCCACUGUGGUGAAGCACACUCAGCCAGCACGACGGCCGGCGGCCAGUGCUGCUGUCUGAUUUCGUUCUCUUGACCAUUGUCAUGAUCGUCAGUGCAGUGUCCAAUUUCCUUCCGCUGAUCAUCGUGUUUCGCAUGAUUAAGACUCCGGGCUGUUCCUCCGCCCAGAGUAUGGGUGCUGGAGUUGUCAGCGUAGUCGGCGGCAAGCUGAGCGACGCCAAACGGCGCCAGUAUCCGGCCGCGCAUGGGGCAAGAUCUACCCUAUCGCGCGACUCCGCACGGUGUGGUACGGUUAUCGCCUACAGCGAAUUUGACUUCACGGGAGAUUCCGCAGAAAUCCCUGUCGACGGUGGUUGUAAUGCCCCACUUGAAGGCGGCGACUGUGACGGCGACCCCGUUGCGGAGUUCAGGUAUCCCUGGGAUAAUUUCGUUGCUGACUCCCCCAGGGACUGA